GUAAGAAAGAAUAUGCAACGUAGGCCCCUUCUCCUGAGAAAAAGGAUAAACAAAGAAGACGUCAACAUUCAAUCUUACCCCAAAUUUCCAUGAAAAAAUUUCUCUCAAAGAAUGUGCAGCAAAAACAGGACUUCUCAACUGACAAUUCCCCAUUAUGUGGGCAUGACAAAUUUCUCUCUUUUUUGUGAAGAACAAGGAUGUCAAUUAGACCAAGUCGCUCACAAGUAGCUAUCUUUUCUCCUCACUUUUUGCUCGUAAAUCUGUUCACUCCAUGCAUUUUCACAGUUUGGUGCUUAGUCUAUUUCUCUCUUUGACAAAUUCAAACGGAUCAUUAGUUUUUCCUCUGUUUCUUUGCUUCCUCCUGAAUUUUCAUAUCCCAUGGAAACUCUUAAAGCUUCUUCUCUUCUCUGAAUAUGGCUUCUCUUUCUCGUUUCCUCUAUCAGAAUCUGUUUUUGUCACUUACUACUGUAUUUGCCUCUAUUUUCAUCUAUUUGGCUCCUCCGUUAAGCUUCAUCACCACAUUCUUCCUCAGAUUAAGAAGGGGUUGUGCUCCUCUAAACAAGAAAUCAAACAUUACUGAUGUUUUACCCAAAGACUAUCAGAAAGAAACAGAUUUUUCAGAGACAGAGCAGCAGUUAGAUUCUGAGUCUGAUGAUUUUAAGGAUGUUCUGAAUUCCCUGAUUCGGAAAAUAAUGAAGAUAUUCAGGAAACAGAAUUCUGUUUUACAUUUAAAUUCCCAACCUAUGAAGAAUUUUGUAAGAGCAAGGAAGACAAAGGUGAAUUUUUUAGCUCUGAAUGGAUGCCCUCUACAUGUAACAAUACAAAGGUUGUUACAUGUAAGACAGAAACAGAGGAUAUGAAACAAGUUCAUAGUAAAAGUGAAGCCUUUAAUGAGGAAAAAAAAGGGAAUUGGGACAAUUUAACGUGUGAUGAAUUUCAUUGUAAAAGUGAAGCCCUUAAUGAGGAAAGAAAAGGGAAUUUGGACAAUUUAACGUGUUAUGAAGAGAAAACUGAGGAAAUGAAUUCCAUGAAAGGAGAAUCAGAUCCUGGAAACAAGCAAUUUCUUGUGGAACCAGAUUUCACUGAUGACUUUUUUCAAUCUGAGAAGGAUUCUAUAUCUACUGAUUCUGAUACUGUGUCAAUUGGUUUUGAGCAUAUGUGUUAUCUUCUGAUGAACAGAUUAGUUGAUUCGUAUAGCGAUGGAUUCUUGACAGAUGAAGACUUUGGAGGAGAAUUUGAGCUUGAUUCCUUAAAGGAUAUUGAAAUGUCAGAGGAAAAUCAAGAAUCUGAUGACAGUGAUAGUGAUAUAAUGGAAGAGCUAAGGAGAUUAGAACAUGAACAAGAACAAAGAUUUUUAUCUGAGGAUGAUUUUCAUGAAGAUAUGGAUAAGGUAUCUGAUGAAAAUGUGGAGUCAAGAAAUGAAGAUGCAAACAAAUUGGAAACAUUGUGGGAACAUCAAGAAUUAAUUGAACAAUUAAAGAUAGAACUUAGAAAAGUUAGAGACACAGGUUUGCCCACUAUUUUGGAAGAAUCAGACACCACAAAAAUGGAAGAUUUGGAGCCAUGGAAGAUUGAUGAAAAGUUCCAACGUGAAGAUUGCAUGAGUGAACUUUAUAAGUUCUACAAGAGUUACAGAGAAAGGAUGCGAAAAUUUGACAUAUUGACGUACCAGAAGAUGUAUGCAAUAGGAUAUCUACAGAAAGAUCCACUAAAAGAUCCAUUUCAACAUGUCUCAAGCCAAAGAGGCUCAGGUCCAAAACUAAAAUCCCUUAUUUCACAAAAUAUUAGGCUGUUCAAACAUAAAAGGAAUGACAAUAUUGACCCAAUGGUAAAGUUUAUCAAAGAAUUGCAGAGUGAUCUGGAAGUGAUAUAUGUUGGACAGAUGUGUCUUUCGUGGGAAUUUCUACACUGGCAAUAUGGCAAGGCUUUAAGUUUGUGGGAUUCUGACCCUCGUGGUAUUCGUACAUAUAAUGAAGUUGCUGGAGAGUUUCAACAGUUUCAAGUUCUUCUCCAAAGAUUUAUAGAAAAUGAACCUUUUCAAGGCCCUAGAGUUCAAUAUUACAUCAAGAGUCGAUAUGAUCUUCGUAAUCUUCUUCAAGUUCCUGUCAUAAGAGAGGACAGAAUGAAAGACAAGAACAAGGCUGCUAGAGGUGGAGAAAAGGGUGAAUAUACUAUUACAAGUGACGUGCUAGUGGAGAUACUGGAAGAAUCAAUACGAAUAUUUUGGCAAUUUGUUAGAGCUGAUAGAAAAUACUCCAGCACAAUGAUGAAGGGUAAAAAGGGAACACAACAUCAUGAGCUUAAAGCCCCGGGAGAUUUAGAGCUUUUAAUGGAGGUCAAAAAAGGUCUUCAAAAGAAAGAGAAGAAGCUGAAAGAUGCUUUGAGAGGUGAAUGCUGCAUAUUGAAGAGGUUCAAGAAGUACAAAGAAGAUGAUUCAGAUCAUGUACUCUACUUUUUCUCUCAAGUAGACAUGAAAUUAGUAGCUAGGGUCCUCAACAUGUCAAGUCUGACAACAGAUCAACUAGUCUGGUGUCACAACAAAUUAAGCAGGAUUAGUUUCCUGCAUAGGAAAAUACUUGUAGAUCCUUCCUUUCUGCUCUUCCCUUGUUAAUAUCAGUCCUGCCUACCCCCAGCCCCACCUUCCAGGGUAGAAUUAGAUUAUCAGUAUAUGCCAUCAAAGUGCAUCUUUUGUUGAAAAUUUCCUUUUCUGUUGUUAGAGAGCCAUUUUUCCUGCUGGCUGGAAAAAAAAAAAAACUUGUACUAAGUUGUAUAUAUGUAAGAAGAGUUGAGGGGCCAAACAAAAAACAGGAACUGUCAAGAAUGGGAUUCGAACCCAUGCCCUUUCGGACCAGUACCUGAAACUGGCGCCUUAGACCAACUCGGCCAUCUUGACUUUUGUUCUUGUGUUCAACUUUUUUGAACUAUAUCAAUUAUGAAUCAA